UUUCACCCUCUCUGUUGUUUUGUCUUGAAACUGUUAGAAAUGCACCUUCUGUGAAUAGAAAAAUACAGUUUUUGAGUCAGGUCAGUAAAUAACAGGAAUAUUCUCAUCCUGACAGUCGUGACUAAGUUCUGCAGCCAGCAGGAAUAUCUGGAGGAGUUUCAUCUGAACUGAGAAGAUGGUGUUUGUUAAAGAAGAGAGUGAAGAGAACACGAUUAAACCAGAACCCCGGAGAGUAAAACACGAGGAACCAGAACACUGCAGAAUAAAACACGAGGAACAAGGAGAGUUUAUUGAAGAAAGUGAGGAGAAUGAAGAAGUUGUCAGACCUGGAGAAAAACCCUCGAGUUGCUCUCAAAGCAAACGGAGACAUGUAAAGAAAAAGAGAACGGAUAAAUCUAUCACCUGCACUCAGUGUGGAAUGGGUUUCGCAUACAAAUAUAGUCUUGAUGCUCACAUGAGAGUUCACACCGGAGAGAGACCGUACACUUGUGAUCAAUGCGGGAAGAGCUUCACACUGAAAGGAAACCUAACGGGACACAUGAGAGUUCAUUCUGGAGAGAAGCCGUUCACUUGUGAUCAAUGCGGGAAGAGCUUCACACAGUCAUCAACUCUUAAGUUACACAUGAACAUCCACACUAGAGAGAAACUGCACACAUGUGAUCGAUGCGGCAGAACGUUUCUGUGGCCUUCAGACCUGAAGAAGCACCUGAGAGUUCAUACGAAGGAGAAGCCGCAUUCAUGCUCUGUGUGUGGAAAGAGUUUUUCACGUCUGGAACAUCUGAAAAAUCAUCAGCGAAUACACACUGGUGUGAGAGAGUACUUGUGCUUUGAGUGUGAGAAGACUUUUAAAUCUGCCGAGUGUUUAAAACGGCACGAGAGGAUCCACACUGGAGAGAAACCUCACAAGUGUUCACACUGUGACAAGACAUUCAGUCGGUCAGGAGAUCUGAUAAGACACGAGAGAAAUCACACUGGAGACAAAACCCUACAAGUGUGUGACAAGCGCGUUUAGAAAACGAUAUACUGUCAUGUAGCUUUGCGACUGAUUCUUCUGUGCUUCUCUUGUAAGUAGGGAUCGUACCUGAGCCUGGUAUUAAACAAGC